AUGCCAACUGUUACCAAACAUUGCAACUAUUAUUUCUAUGAACUUUUAAUUGCAUACCAACAAGCAGCCGCACAAAACCAUCUCAUUGAUAAUAUCAAUAAGCAAAAAGCAAUAGAAAAUCUUACUAUUAAACCUAUCAGUACAGAUUUUCUUGCUAGAAUCAUUGCAUAUUUCGAUACUAAAAAUGAAUCACUUAAUUAUCCACAACUUGUUAAAUUCUAUAGAGAAACUGCUUACCCAGAAGCAGAGAAAAUCAUUCAAACAAAAUUCAAAAUGUCCUACACUACACCAGCCACUAUAAAGGAGUCUCUUUUCUUUGAAGAGA